AUGCCUACUUCUCAUCAGACCUCUUUCGAUAAGUCUCGACAAUCGUCAGCCAGCAAGUCGUUUUUUGGGAGAAAACUACACAAGGAUCGUCCCCCAGACCAUCGAGCGGAAGGUGGUGGUGGCCUGGACGUAUAUGGAACUAGCGUCGCUGUAUCCGGUUCACGCUCCUCCAGGCACUCCAAACCCGAAUCCUUACGGUCCGUGGAGCAAACUGCCGAUUUUGACCCGGCUGCAACAACAUCCGGAGUUAUCACCGCUAUUCGCUAUGACAGCGUGUCCGCAGACCCCAAAUCCCCAAUUCCUGUCGAAUAUCUCCCCAAAUCCGAGCAGCAGCUACGCAGAGAGUCCUCCCCACAUCACCCGAAUAAACUGAGCCACGAUUAUCAACAGUACCCAUCAUGGAAUCCCCAGACCGCCGCGAACGGAUCGGCCCAUCUAAAUGGCCCUCGGCCUGCACCUGGGUCCAACACGACCAUGGCAGCCAGCCAGACGGGGGAGAAGGGACCUAAAUAUCAGCAGUGGGGUGGCCCUGGGAACGGCUAUCCGCCAUACAACACCCCGGACUCCUCGACGAAUUCCCGCACGUCUCUGGAUCAGAAUAGCAUCUACUCGUCCGUGUCAUCUGCUACCAGAGGCUCCACCCAAACAUUGUAUGAUGUCUCUUCACGCCCUUACACAUCCCAUUCCAAUCAUGAACGACAUGGUCAACCAGCAGCGCCAUCAGGACCCAGACACUCCAACGCUUCCCAGCCGCAAUACCAACCCCCCAUACCCCCCUCCCCCGCCUUGCCCAUGUCCGCAGACGGAACCUUUACUCGACCGAAAGAUGAUAAAAUCGUGGACCAGCUGUUCUACGAGCUCAUGAUUAAGAGAGGAUGGCAGAAUCUCCCCGAGCAAGCGAAGAGGCAGAUGCUGGCGUACCCGGCCUCGAAGAAGUGGACCUUGGUUCAUCAGGACCGCUUGACGCAAUGGAAUGGAGAACAGAAACGGAGACAGCAUGCCCGGUCGACGUAUGGGUCCUUUGAAGGCCCUGCUGGUCUCCUCACGCGAGCCGACGAAGAAGGGAGUCCGGAAUGGUAUGUGAAGAAGGUCUUGGAUGAUACGAUUACUGCGAAACAAUUGCAGAGUCUCAGCGUUAGUUUGCGGACACAACAUAUUGGCUGGGUAAAAGCUUUUGUAGAAGCGCAAGGCCCUGUGGCCCUAACAAGCGUUCUUUUAAAGAUUAAUCGACGCAAGGCCUCUGGUCCCGCUCCAGUCGUCUCGGCAUCCCCAGACAAGGACCUCGAUCGGGAAUCAGAUAUAGCAAAAUGUCUCAAGGCGCUCAUGAAUAACAAAUAUGGUGCCGACGAUGCGUUGGAGCGCCAGCAAGUCAUCGUCGCUCUCGCGAGCUCGCUAAUAUCGCCCCGUCUAACCACGCGCAAAAUGGUCAGUGAGGUCUUGACGUUUCUGUGCCAUUGGGCGGACGGGAAGGGGCAUGAGAAGGUUCUCCAGGCUAUGGACCAUGUCAAAACUUUGCAGGGGGAGACGGGCCGUUUCGAUGCGUGGAUGCGUAUUGUCGAGGUUACGAUCGACGGACGGGGGAAGAUGGGAAGCCUGGUCGGUGCCAGCGAGGAGUUUCGCAGCGGAGGAAUUGGGAUGGAAAAUCUGCUGAUGGAAUAUGCUGUUGCGACAAUGUUCCUGAUCAAUAUGAUCGUGGAUGCGCCGGAGAAUGACCUCCCCCUCCGCUGCCAUAUUCGGGCGCAGUUUACAGCGUGCGGGAUCAAGCGGCUCCUGGUAAAGAUGGAGGGGUUUCAGUAUGAGGCUAUCGAUAAGCAGAUUGAACAGUAUCGGGAAAAUGAAGCCAUUGACUACGAAGAUCUGCUCCAGCGGGAGACGAGUAGUAUGAAAGAUAGCGUUGAGAUUGAGGUUAUUGAUAUCAACGACCCAGUUCAUAUUACGAAUGCAAUAACGUCGAAGAUGAAGGAAGGCCGUGCGCUGGAUUAUUUCAUGUCAGCAAUGCACCAUAUGCUGCUCAUUCGACAGAAUUCCGGGGAGGAUGUUGUGCGCAUGUUCCAGCUCGUGGAUGCGAUGCUUAGCUACGUUGCUAUGGAUCGGCGGCUUCCGGAUCUAGAUCUACGACAGGGUCUAACGUUUAGCGUGCGGAGUUUACUUGAUAAGCUUCAUACGGAUGCAGAGGCGAGAGUUGCUUUUGAUGAGGCUCUUGAAGCGAGGCAGAUCGCUGAAGCUGCCAUUGCUGAAAGAGACGAAGCCAAGGCACAAAUUGAACUUGGCGCGGAUGGGCUUGUCAAGAAGCUCCAGAAACAGAUCGAGGAGCAAACUGAUAUCAUCAAUCUCCAGGCACGACAGAACGAAGCGCUGAGGGCUGAAUUGGCUGAGAUACAGCGGUUGAGAGGCCAGGAGUUGCAGCGAAAUGAGCUGGAGACGCGCGAAUUAUAUCUCAUGCUUCGUGAUGCGCAGGAGGUUGCUGCAUCUAAGGCACAGAAGGUAGGACAAGAAGGUCUUGGAGAUAUGGAUCCUGCUCGGAUGAAUGGAAUUCUUGAUCGGGAAAAGCUUAUGAGCAGACUUGAGACGCAGCUGGAGCGGACCAAGACGCAAUUCAAACUUGAGGGCAAGGUUUGGCAGCAGGGCGGUCCAUCUGAUCGACUACGAGAGUUGCGUGAGCAGAUGGACGGCGACUUUGGUUCCUCUGGUGGAUUCGACGAGGAGACUAAGCGCAACUUUACCAAUAGUACUUUUGGCGCUGUGUCGCGGAAAAGGAGUCAGGGGACUAAGAAGGAUAGUGUCGAUGAGGGAGAGCAUCUUUCGGAUGUUGGGGAGGAGGACGAGGAAGCUGUCCUUGAACUACCACGGCUGAUCGAGAUUAAACGACCUCGGAUGAACCCUAAACAGGCAACGGGGUUGUUGGGCGAGAUUGCUUCCAAGAUAGAGAAGAUUGACGAUUCUGAUGAGGAGGUGGAUGAAGUUGCGAAGACAAAGAAAAAGGAAAAGGUUGAUGCGACUGGGCCACCCUCACCUCCCCCUCCCGCUACAGGUGGUCCACCGCCGCCCCCUCCACCCCCUCCUGGUAUUGGCACUCCCCCUCCUCCUCCACCCCCUCCGCCAGGUGCCGGACCACCUCCGCCACCUCCUCCUCCGGGUGUUGGUAGUCCGCCGCCACCACCUCCCCCUCCACCUGGCAUGGGUGGGCCUCCACCUCCGCCUCCCCCUCCUGGCGCUGGCCCAAGGGGUUCUCCACCACCACCACCUCCUCCUCCUGGAGCGGCUACUGGAGGCUGGAAAGGUCGAUAUCUACCUGCGGCAGAUGCUACGCCUGCCCCCACUAUCGGGCUACCGUUUAUUCAAUCUAAGAAGAAGCUAAAGGCGUUGCAUUGGGACAAGGUUGAUGCUCCUCAAGUAACAGUAUGGGCCGCGCAUGCCCCCACUCAUGAAGCGAAGGAAGAGAAAUACAGCGAGCUUGCUAAGAAGGGUGUCCUGGAUGAAGUCGAGCGACUCUUUAAGGCCAAGGAGACGAAGAUUCUAGGCACGGGCACGUCUAAGAAGAAAGAUAAGAAACAGAUCCUGCCCAGCUCGCUUAUGCACAAAUUCCAGAUCUCAAUGGCGAAGUUUUCAGAACUACCGGCUGACGAGGUCGUGCGGAAAAUCAUCCAUUGCGAUCCUGAUAUCUUAAAUAACAAUGUUGUUAUGGAAUUCUUGCAGAAAGAGGAGCUUUGUAGUAUUCCUGAAAAUACGGCCAAGGCUAUGGCUCCGUAUAGACAGGAUUGGACGAGCCCUGAUGCUGCUACUUCGGCUAGAGAUCAAGACCCCACCGAACUUACUCGCGAGGAUCAAAUUUAUCUUCAGACCGCCGUUGAGCUUAAUCAUUAUUGGAAGGCGAGGAUGCGUGCUCUGCAGCUGACCCGCACUUUCGAGUCGGACUAUGAUGACAUUUCACAUAAGCUACAGGAAAUCGUUCGUGUCUGUGAAUCUCUCCGCGAUUCAGUGUCUCUGAUGAAUGUCCUCGGUCUAAUUUUGGACAUUGGAAAUUUCAUGAACGCUGCGAACAAGCAGGCUGUUGGAUUCAAGCUUAGUUCCCUUUCCCGCUUGGCUAUGGUUAAAGAUGACAAGAACGAGUCGACGUUCGCGGACCUCGUGGAGCGGAUUGUGCGAAACCAGUAUCCGGAGUGGGAGGGCUUCGUUGAGGAGAUUGGUGGUGUUGUCGCUGUUCAAAAGGCCAAUGUUGACCAGCUCCGCAGCGAAGCACAGGCGUAUAUCAAUACCAUCAAGAAUGUCCAGGCUAGUUUGGAUUCGGGGAAUCUGAGUGAUCCGAAGAAAUUUCACCCGCAAGACAAGGUUAAUCAGAUUGUCCAACGGUCAAUGAAGGAUGCAAGGCGGAAAGGUGAACAGAUGCAGCUAUAUCUUGAUGAGAUGUCGAGGACGUACGAUGAUAUCAUGGUCUUCUAUGGAGAGGACAGUUCGGAUGAGAAUGCCCGGAGAGACUUCUUUAGCAAACUUGCUGCCUUUGUUGUUGAGUGGAAGAAUUCGAAAGAAAAGAAUAUCUCCCUGGAGGAGACGCGUAAGCGAAUGGAAGCCUCACUAGCGCGGAAACGAAACAAUGCCGCCGUUGCCAAUGGCCGCGUAGACACUUCCGACAAUGCGCAAUCCCCUUCGUCCAGCGGAGCGAUGGACACGCUACUAGAGAAGCUCCGAGCCGCCGCACCCCAGACACGAGAUCAGCGCGAUCGCCGCCGUCGAGCGAGGUUAAAAGAACGACAUCAAGUGAGAGUUGCAUCUGGCCAAAAAAUGCCCGAAUUGUCCACCAACCCGGACGAAAAGGGCAACGCAGGUGGUGAUGCCGAUGUCGCGAGCAGCACGCAAGACGGCGACCUCCUAAAUCUCCGCAGCCAGUCUGACGAGGCUGCCUCUCCCUCUAAAGAGACGCAGCUGUCUGAGGGCGAAGAUAUUGCAGAUCGUGCGGCCAGCAUGCUUCAGGGGCUUAGAAAUGAUCUAGAGGGUAACGGUGUGGAUCGUGCCAGGCGAAGAGUGAGUGCGGAGGAGACGAGAAGGAACAGGAGGCUAAGGCGGCGAACGCCUGCGGCCAGCGGGGUCAAGGAUGUCGAUAAUACUGGCCUUCCAUCUCCUGUCACGGAACCUGAAUCCACACCCGCUUGCGAAUCGGUGGAUGGACAGAUAAAUUCUCCUGUGAAUCUGAAUGGGCAGGAUGAUUCUGCUCAGUCACUGGAUACGUCGUCGGUACUUGACUCUGCUAGCAAGGAUGAAGAACUGGUGUUGUUGUCAUAA